AUGACUCGCUCCGCCCACCUGCCGGAUGAGCCCAAUCCCAUUCGAUGCCCGGGCUGCCCCUACUUCCUGGACACGCCCACCCAUCUCGUCACCGCCGUGGGAGCAGCGGCCAACCUCACCUGUGGCGUCAGGAUGCUCGGGGACCGACAGGUAUCCUGGAUUCGCCGACGGGACCUGCACGUACUCACCACAGCCUCCUACACGUACACUACGGACUCCCGCUUCCGUGCCAUCCACGCCAGGAAGUCGCCGUACUGGGUCCUGCGCAUCGACAACCCGACGGUGAACGACUCUGGGGUUUACGAGUGCCAGGUGUCAGCACAGCCCAAGAUCUAUCGCCGGUUCCAUCUCUCUGUCGUGGUGCCACGUGCCACCAUCGUUGGCACCAGUGCCGUCUUCAUGAAGGCGGGGAGUGACAUCAAUAUCACCUGCAUUAUCACGGGAGCAAGUAAGGCGACGCCCGUUACCUGGUACCACAUAACGCCUCAGUCACGCAGCACCAUCAUGGAGGAACUGAAUUCCGGGACCCGAGGCGGAGUCCAGCUGGUGACCGACAGGCGGGCGGGCACCAGCUGGCUUCUCGUCACCCAGGCCACGUGGAGAGACGCUGGAAACUACACGUGUGCCCCUGCCCACGCCACGCCCGCGUCUGUGUCGGUGCACAUACUUGAUGGUAGGUGUGACAGACGAGCAGGAACAGGCCUUUUAGUCACUCUUCGCCCGGUGCUCUCCGGCCCCUUCCUCGGUAAUGCGCCGACGCCUCGUGCACCAGAUCUAGGCUUGGUAUAUUCCUUUUCAUUAUUGUGUUAUAAAACCCGUGGUUAUUGUAGUCUAGGGCGCCACUUGGAGCUGGGAGUGUUCAAGAGGGUGCAGAUUGCACGGGAAGGUUGUCUCACAGAGAGACAACCUGAUGGGUAUGAUUGUCCACAGCGAGAAGGGCUAGGUGGCCAUAUAGCCUGA